AUGCGCCUUACUAGCAUAGUCACAAUCAUUCAAAGCGCCAGUGUCUUUGUGACAAUUCUUGCUGUCAAGACCACGUGGCAUAUAGAUGAGGACGCAAAAGCCUUUGAUUGCAACCUCGACCUACUUAGGGUGUAUGGGAUUCAGACAAUACAUCCCGUGUCUCCAUGGCGCCAAUAUUUCCCUGGAUUAUACCAAGUUACUGAUGAAAAAUUCGAUGAAUUAUUACAGAAGCCGAACGAUAAAAGGAUAGUGAUGUAUUCAGAUAACUCUUCUACAAAUUACCGUUUUCAAGAAUUAAAUAAUAUAUCGUCUCAAAGGAGAACCGGAGGUAAAAGCACUGACAUUGACUAUAUUAGUGUAGUCGACCUAAAAGAUCGUCAGUGUGCCGUGGUGAUGAGGGAGGUAACUCGGAGCUCUGAGACGCAUGAGUCGGUGGAAGAUAUAGUAACUUUUGCACUCUGUAACAUUAGAUGA